AUGACCAUGAAGAGAGUGGGAAGUGCAGCUUUAAAGAUGGUUGAGGAAGUUCAAAGGCAAUUUAACACCAUCCCGGGUCUUAUGGAGGGUACUGCCAAGCUCGACUGUGCCAUCUGUGUCAAGAUCUCUACUGAUGCUUCCAUCAAGGACAUGAUUCCACCUAGUGCCCUUGUCAUGCUUACACCCCUCAUUGUUGGGACCUUCUUUGGAGUUGAGACCCUCUCCGCUGUUCUUGCUGGCUCCCUCAUUUCUGAUGAUAAUUGUGAUGGUAAGGAUGAUGAUGAAAGUAAUCAUUCUUAUCAGAUGAGAGUUUGA